UUGCAAUAAGAAAAAACGAAAAAAAUAAUAAGUAAAGAUGGCUACAUUUUAGUGCAGUUUUUUUGUUUGAGUGAAAUAAAUUGACAAAAUAAAAUAAAAGUGAAGAUUUUAUACUAUACAAUUAAUGGUUUUUAUAAACAAUAGCCAAUAAAUCCAUUUCUGUUUAUCAUUUUCUUGAUAAAACAACCAAAGUGUUUGUGAAAUUUCAAGGAAAAUAUUAAGAAAAAAUCAUGGACAAUUUUGACAUGUCUGCCGCUGGCGACGAUGGUCAGACAGAUGAAAAAUUGGGUUCAAAUCCAAACCAAAAUGAUAAUAUAAACACAACAACUACCUUAGGUAGUCCUACAACUAGAAAUGCUCCAAAUUCUCCGACAACUACAAGUCCCACUGUAGGAUAUGAAGAAACACAGCUGCAGCAGCAACAACCGACUGAAGCUUCAAACGUAGCGCCUGCAAACACUAGCCCAGCCACCAGCAACAGCACAGCACCUGAUAACAACGAAAUUUGCCUGACACCACCGCAGCGUCAUUCCACAAACUCCAAUGAAUAUCAGCAACAGUCGACACCAAAAUCCACACGUAAUUCAACUGUAGCACUGGGUUCGACAGCAACAGUUGGCGACUCUAAUUCACCUGUUGCUGAAAACAUUAGUGACAAGAAUAUUUUACCGAAUGAGGAAAGUCCUUUGCCGCAAAAUUUCAACAAUAUAGAAAGUAGCACCUUAAAUGAGUCGCAGUUGCUGGCCACGGGAAUCAACACAGUUGAUACUGGCGGCGGUGUUGUAGCAGGCGCAGUUGUUGUAAGUAGUAGCAGUUCCGCCAACUUAACCACACAACAUAAUCAACAAAUUAUAAGCAACUAUCAGGGUAUAGCAACGACAGCAAACACCCAAAACGGUGCUAAUCGUAUUUAUAAUCCCAUAAUGAUACCACAACGACAAUCCCUAUUACCCUGGGGUACUAAUUCACGUUCCUCCAUAAUUAAUGUUAUACCCUACACAAAUCCCAUUGGCACUACCGGCACCGGCACCAUGGCCAAUCCAGCUAGUAUGAAUACUAAUCAGUUAGAAGCGAAUGAUGUCAACUCCUUACGGCCGGGGGAAAUUGUCAUGCGUAAUUUAUUCACCGAUUUUACUUUGCAGGCUGAAAAGAAAAUAGAAUUGGUCAUGAUGGAGAGUGUAGACAAGCCGCUUUCAAAGCUGCUGCAGCGCGGUGAAGAUCAACAGUUUGAUCAGUUGCUCUCCGCUCUGGGCAGUGUAGCCGAACAUUGUUUACCCUCGCUGCUGCACACGCUGCUCGCCUGGCACAAACGCCAACUGUCCGAUGCCGAAAUAAAAAAUGAUCUCAAACGCAUGGAAAAAUCUGUGAUAAAUCUCACAAAACCUUUAAACUCACAAGAUAUUGAAUUUCAAUUGCAACGUCGCGAAGCCGCUGUGGAAUUCAUCUUUUGUUUGGCUCUCAUCGAAAUUCUCAAACAGUUGCCCUUCCAUCCGGGUCACGAGGAUUUGGUAAGAAGUAUUGAGAAUUUAGCUUUCAAACACUUUAAAUAUAAAGAGGGCCUGCAGAAUAAUCCCAAUGCCCACAAUAUACACAUGAUAGCCGAUUUAUAUGCUGAAGUCAUUGGUGUUUUGGCACAGUCACGUUUUAGUUCAGUGCGUAAGCGUUUCAUGAGUGAACUGAAAGAGUUGCGAGCCAAAGAGCCGUCACCGCACACCACACAAAGUAUUAUUAGUUUGCUCAUGGGCAUGAAAUUCUUUAGAGUUAAGAUGGUGCCCAUAGAAGAAUUUGAGGCUUCGUUUCAAUUCAUGCAUGAAUGUGGCCAGUAUUUUUUAGAGUUGAAAGACAAAGAUAUAAAACAUGCUUUGGCGGGCUUAUUUGUUGAAAUUCUAGUACCCGUCGCUGCGGCUGUUAAAAAUGAAGUUAAUGUUCCUUGUGUUAAAAAUUUCGUGGAAUUACUUUAUAUGCAGACCUUAGAUGCCUCCACCAAAUCCAAACAUCGUCUGGCUCUAUUUCCCCUCGUAACAUGUCUUCUGUGCGUUUCACAGAAAACCUUUUUCCUCUCGAAUUGGCAUUAUUUCUUGGCCAUGUGUUUAAGUAACUUAAAGAAUCGUGAUUCUAAAAUGAGUCGUGUAGCGCUGGAAUCGCUGUAUCGCCUGCUGUGGGUCUACAUGAUACGCAUCAAGUGUGAAUCGAAUUCGGCAACACAUUCACGUUUACAAAGUAUAGUGAACUCAUUGUUUCCAAAAGGCUCAAAAGGUGUCAUACCCCGUGAUACUCCUUUAAAUAUAUUUGUGAAAAUUAUACAAUUUAUAGCCCAGGAACGCUUGGACUUUGCCAUGCGAGAAAUUGUUUAUGAUCUACUGUGUGUGGGCAGAUCCAUAAAGUUAAUUUUAAAUCCCGAACGCAUGAGUAUUGGCUUAAGAGCAUUUUUGGUGGUGGCCGAUUCGUUGCAGCAAAAAGAUGGUGAACCUCCCAUGCCUCGCACUGUGCCAGUCCUGCCCUCUGGCAACACACUACGCGUGAAGAAGACCUACAUCAAUAAAAUGCUCACAGACGAUACGGCACGUAGCAUUGGCAUGUCCACGUACUUUCCCCAUGUACGUCGUGUAUUUGUGGAUAUUUUACGUGCCCUAGAUGUUCACUAUGGCCGCCCUUUAAUGAUGACAAAUACACAAAAUCAAAACAAAGAACCCGACGAAAUGCUGUCGGGUGAACGUAAACCACGCAUUGAUCUCUUUCGUACUUGUGUGGCGGCCGUACCACGUUUGAUUCCCGAUACAAUGACCCCACAAGAAUUGGUGGAUCUUCUAUCGCGCCUCACCGUUCACAUGGACGAAGAGUUGCGCAUGCUGACUCACCAGUCAUUGCAGACAUUGGUAAUUGAUUUUCCGGAUUGGCGUCAGGAUGUCGUGCACGGUUAUACACAAUUUCUAGUGCGCGAUGUCACCGACACUUAUCCGCAAUUGUUGGAAAACUGUACUCGCAUGUUGUUUGUGUUUCUCAACAUUUGGCGUUGUGCCAUCAACGUUAAUGGCAAUGGCAAUUCGGGCACAAACACUUUGAAAACUCCCACUUCAACGGGCCUCGCAACUGCCACGAAUACUGGUGCCACAAAUACACAAAAUGUGCUACAACCCGGUACAGCUGUUGGUACCGGCAUUGUGGGCAAAGAUACCGCCACCAGCCAACUGUCCAGUGCUAGCAAUGUCAAGAGUAUUAAUACCAAUUCAAGUGCCACAUCGAGUAUUACAUCCAGUGGCAUGUCGACCAUUACACAGGCCACUGUUAUAAACAUGGCCGAUGCUGGCAAGAAAAAUGAAAUUCCUUUGGCAACCACUCUGCAUUUUGUUGAGGGCUAUGCCUUGGUUUUACUGUGUAAUUAUCGACCAUAUUUGCGCAAACUGGCUGCCAUGAUUUUGAAGGAAGUUAAGAAUUUGAUGAAAGCUUUGGGUAUACCAGAAACUGAACCACCAUUGUUGGAUGUUAUUGAUAAAUGUUGUCCACAGGUCUUGGAAAAAUGUUUACCACAUUUGCCUCAGGCCGAAAAGACAGCAAUCUUAAAUGCUACACAAAUCGAUUUACAAUGGAUAGCAGAACGUUCGAGUGGUGUAUGGUUGGGUGGACUAACAGAUGACAAUUCAAAAUCCUCCACAUCCACCCUGAAUUUAUCGCAAACAAGUGCAACACCCCAACAACAAUUCGAUCCAUGGUCAGCAUGCUUGUUUGGUUUUCUCGAAAGAGAUCGUAUUUUACAGAAAUGUCCUUCAGCCGUUGCUCAAGCAUGGCCAAUUUGUUACGCCAGAGUAACAACCCUCUAUAGUGUCAUAGAUCCAACACCCGUAAGUGACAACCGAGCAUCAUUGCUGCGUUCAUCGGCACCUACCAAGAAAGUGCCAACAGAGAGUCAAAAGGAUUUUUAUUUGCGUUUGUGGCGCAAUCAAGUCGUCAUGGCAAUGCGCUUGGUACCCCAAAUACCCAGUGUUGCUAUACGUUGUGCUUCGCCAGAUUUAAGUUUGAGUUUACAAGAUCAAUCGGAUUCACGUUCACUGUCCGAUUCCUUGGAUAAUAUACCUUCAAAUGUAUUUGGACCUGAAGGGAUUGUGACUCGUUUUACUCUGCCGUUAUCGUAUGGUCGCAAAGAGGCGCGCCAAAAACGUUUGGGUUCAUCACCGGAUUCAUUAAAUGCCGAUCGAAGUGAUAAAUCAGCUUUGGGUAUGGCAUCACCGCAGGCUCUAUACAAACUGGUGGUUCCACUGUUACGUUGUGAGGUGGCUGAUGUACGGGAUGCGGCUGUAAAUGCUUUGGGAAUGAUAAAUCAUGAUGCCCUUAAGGAUUUAAUGGAGGAAUUAGUCGUUUACAUACGUGAAGCAGUUGACAGGAAACAGGAGAACAUGAGGAGACGCAGAAGACGUGAUGCCUUGCGUUUGCAAUUGGUGCGAGUGCUGGAGAAAAUUGCGGAAAAUGGUACAUUCGGUGUCAGUACUUGUGUUUUGGAACGUGAUACGAUGUCUUUGCAUCCAACAUUUGUGGAGUAUAUCGAUGGUGCCAUGCAGUAUUUGGUUGCCGAAACGGACAAGGACAACAUCAGUAUACGUGAGGUCAAGGCUCAUUUUUGUAAUUUUAUACGCAAAAUGAUAAAGAACUUUUCAUUGGAAUCAUGCGCAACUUUAUUGACACGUGAUUUAAAAAGGAAUCUUUUCAAUUUAUUUGCAACCUGGUGUGGUACGUUUUCUAAACCCUUGGGCAUUGCAUCUCAAAUUGGACAAAGUGCUGAAGAGGAAAAAUUACAGUUUAGUGCUUUGCAAGCCAUGUCUGCUCUUUUAUGUUGUGGCCAUGUUUUCUACACUCCAUAUUUAUCAGAUGAUGGCAUCAUUUAUAAAUGGCUUGACAUGCUGUUGGCCUCCAAAGAUGAAAAGAUUUAUCAAUUGGCUCGUGAUACGGUAGUUUUACUGCUAGAAUCAAAUCCAGAUAUGGGCCAAUUAUUGGAAUGGGUUAUUGAUCGUUGUUAUACAUCGACGCCCCGUGAAGCAGAUGCUUGCUUUUUGGCUUUAGCUGCUAUUUUUAGUGCAAGAGAAUAUCCUUGCGAUCACUAUACCUCAGUCAUCACAGUUACUCUACUAAUGACGGGCUGUCCACGUGUAGAAGUUCAUUCAAAAGCUUUGCUGCUGCUGCAAAUAUUAGACAAACGUUUCUUCGGCAGUGUAGGUCCACUUCAUGCAGACAAUGAAAAAGAAGAUGAUAAAGUUGGCACAUUGGAUGUGUUGCUUAGCAGCGCUUACUGUCGUUCACAAAGAUUCCUGUCAAAACAGUUGGCUCAAUUGCGACCGGAAUUAACCAUGUCUAUGUUUUCCGAAAUCACUCAUCGUUUUCAAACGGCUCGAGAAGAUGUACGCACACUGUUGCUUCAGUGUUUGCAGCCUUGGUUGCACAAUAUGGAGUUAGUGGCAACCACCGUGCCACCAGCAACUCCUCUGUCUUAUAUUAUGUAUUUCCCGGACUCGGGCACACGUGGUCGUAGAGAGGGCACUGGUUCCACAGAAGCAACUGAAAUGAUACUCAAUAAUUUAUUUUAUAUAACAGCCAAGUUUUCGGAUACACAUCCCCGUGAUAUUGAGGAAUUGUGGGGUACUUUGUGUCAGUUUUGGCCCAACAAUUUAAAAGUCAUAUUACGUUAUUUGGUCAUCAUGAGCGGUAUGUCACCGAAUGAAUUAUUACCAUAUGCAAAACGUGUGGCUCUCUAUUUGGCUCGUACCUGCCCGGAUCGUUUGCUUGAUGAAUUAAUGGCUGAGCUGCAAACAGUGGAAACACUUAACUGUUUAAUUGAGCGCACCGAAACACCACCUUUCUAUCGUUUAACAAGCAUGCGAAAGGUUUCCAGUCAUUCGGCUGAUGGUCAACCUGUUGGUGGCAUUAAUGAUUCACGCAUUCAGGAUCUCACUGUGGAAAAAGGCACCAUACACACUAAACGUCAUAGUGGCGAAGACCCUAUUAAGACUGGGACGUGUAAAUCGGAUAGCGGUAUAAGAGCUUUUACCCAAGCAACAAACAAUCGGCCGCCUCGCGGUGCUGACAAAAUACGUGCAGCAUCAGGACCAUCAAUAUUGCCAAGACCAGAAGAUAUUUUAAUCAAUGAUCCAGAGUUGCGUCAAGAGGAAAAUGUUGAACUACGUUCGUCAGAUGCAGCCCAAACAGUGUCCGCAUCUACAGCGCCACAUCCAUUGCCAAUGCCUGAAUAUGGUGGUUAUUUUGCACCACUGACAGAAUUCUUGCCAGACGUUAGUUUGCCAAUAAGCGGAUUUCAUCGUUGUAAUGUGGCUGUCAUGUUACUCACCGAUAUCGUUGUGGAUGGAAUACCUGGUAUUGAUUGGACAUUACAUUUGCCAUUAAUGCUGCACAUACUAUUUUUGGGUCUGGAUCAUACACGAGUCAUCGUACGGGAACAUUGCAAACAGUUAUGUAUGAAUUUACUGAUUGUGUUAGCCGAACAUAAUGACCAUUUGACGGUGGCACGCAUUUUAUUGAAUAGCGAGACUACAGAUCUUGAUCUGGGUUUAACGGUGCCCGCGUUGCCAGUAAUUGAUAAUAAUUUUACAGAAUCUCAUCAGGAAUUUGAUAGUUACCUCUACAAUAAUUGUUGCAUUAUUGCUGCCACCGCACCGACAUCUCAACUCACAAGUGGUGGCUCAGCCUCAGCUGCCAUGUACACACAAUAUACAGCAGCAAUGCCAAUGCAAAACAAUCAAAUUCCAUUGUACCAUCAACAUGUCAUUCUAAGUAACCAACAACAGCAUUUGCAACAACAGUUAAUUACCGCAUCAAAUGGCCAACAACAAGAGGUGCAUACUAAUCUGCAACAACCACCGCCCAUUACUCAAUCAUCACCACCAUCGUCAACAUCUCAAGUGCAGCAACAACAAACACAAACGAUUGUAAAUACAGGCAAUUUACAAAUUAAUCCAAAUACCACCGAAAAUUCUGAAGUUCCUUUAAUAAUUGCUGAUGAAAAUGCCCCACCACAACCUGGGCCAACAAUGCCGGUUGCGCAUGUAAUCAAAAGUCUGUUGAAAUUCUUAGCACAAGACUCCUGUCAACCACUCUGGAAUUACGAGGAUAUAACUGCAAAAGUUUGGACAAUAAAGUCAGCCGAACAGUUAAGCUGUUUCCUACGCCACAUUGUCAAAGUGUUCGCCGAUAGUUAUCCUCAAGCUCGCAUUGCCGAACGUUGGGCCCAGACUGCCUUACAAUUGGGACUCUCGUGUUCCUCGCGUCAUUAUGCCGGACGUUGCCUACAAAUAUUUAGAGCCCUAAAUGUGCCCAUCAACUCCAGAAUGUUAUCGGAUAUACUGUCACGUCUGGUGGAGACGGUGGCGGAACAGGGUGAAGAUAUGCAAGGCUAUGUUACCGAACUGUUGCUCACUCUAGAAGCCGCUGUUGAUAGUUUGGAUUCUGACUUUAGACCCUUGGAUGUCAUGAAGGAUAUAUUCAAAAGCACUCCCAAUCUCAAUAACAAAGACGGCGGCCCCAACUCUAUUUUAUCGGGCGGCAAGAAGUCUCCCUCUGGUAUGACACCGCAAUCUCCCAACUUUUCCGUACAAAGUCAUGCACGCAGCACAAGUUAUUCGGUGUCGUAUUGUACGCGCAAGUCCACAAAUUCACCUUGUGAUAAACAAGUCGAGCUGCGUAAUCGAGCCACUGGCAUAGAUAUGGAACGUAACAUGGCUAAGUUUGGCAUUGUAAGCGGAUCAGCAUUGUCACGUUCCCGCAGUGCUCAGAGUUUGAAAAUGUUGGGUGAUACUGCUACCCAGGAUGAUAAGAUGACUAUAUUGGCUCAAUUGUUUUGGUUGUCUGUAUCUCUAUUGGAGAGUGAUUAUGAACAUGAAUUUCUAUUGGCUUUGAGACUGCUAACCAGAGUACUACAUCGUCUGCCAUUGGAUCGACCAGAUGCCAGAGAUAAAGUGGAAAAAUUACAGCAACAGCUGAAAUGGACAGCAUAUCCGGGAGUGCACGCUUUAUUGUUAAAGGGUUGUACUCAUACCUCUACCUAUGAACCUACCAUUACCCUGCUCUCACAAUUUGCACCUUUGCUCAAUUUGCCAGUCUGUGAUCCCACACAGAGUUGUGCUUUCCCCAUGAAUGUUAUAGCUCUCUUACCCUAUAUGCUGUUGCAUUAUGAAGAUGCCAAUGAAAUUUGUAUACGUAGCGCCGAAAAUAUAGCACAGGUUUCCUCAGAACUGGGUGCAAAACUGGAGAAUUUGGGCACCGUUAUGACUUUGUAUAGUCGUAAAACAUUCUGCAAGGAGUCUUUCCAAUGGACCAAAUGUGUUGUCAAAUAUUUACAUGACACCUAUGCCCACAUGGGUCUACAUAUGUUGGCAUUUCUGAUAGAAAUUUUGGAGAAGGGGCCACAACAGAUACAGGUGCCCGUCUUGAAUGUUAUACAUUGUAUGUUGCACUAUGUUGACUUGACACCACCUCAGGCUCAGACUAUAAACGCUGAUUUAUUGAGAGCAAUUGGCAAAUAUUUGGAGACCGCCAACUGGAAGGAUUCCCUUAAAAUUUUAAAACUUAUUGUAACCCGCAGUUCGUCAUUGCAAGUGGUGCCGCCCAGUGAGGGUGGUAGCGUUGGGUUUUCGUUCUCUUUCUAUGGUACAUAUCCGGAUUCGGAUAUGUUCUGUAAAAAGGAACUAGCCGGACGCACAAUGGAAUUUACCUUCGAUGUCUCCCAAACUCCUUUAAUCGGACGACGUAUUCUACUGAAAACCGAAGAUAAUGCAGCCGCCACUAAUACAAACGCAAAUUCCGCCACAACGGGCGCUGCCAACCAGACAGCACAAAAUCAAAUGCGAUCGAAUACCUACAGUAAUGGUUCUCAUUUGCAUCAACAGCCAUCAGCAGGACAUAACAACAGUAAUGUUGGUACCCCCAACUCACCCCGACGUAGUGCUAGUUUAUCACCAGCCGACACGGCUCCUUUGAGUGGCUGGAAACGUCCUUGGAUGUGCCAAAGCCGGGUUAGGGAAUGCUUGGUUAAUUUACUAACCACUUGUGGUCAACGUGUUGGUUUACCCAAAUCCCCUUCGGAUGAUUUCAUAAACUCCAUAUGCUCCAAGUCUUUAAGCCCUACGCUUCUAACUGGAUCAAUAAUCACCAGACAAAGCGUUAUAUUCAGUCAGUCUUCAGAUCUAAUGGAAAGACAGUCUUCGGCUGCUUCUUCCACUGAGGAGACUUCAGGUCCCCAGGGUGAUUUAAGCAGUGGCUCACGCCGAGAUGAUGGCCAGCCUGAUUUUACCGUAUUCAAAGAUUUCGAUUUCUUGGAAUAUGAAGACAGUAUAGCUGGUGAAUCGACGGACAAUUUCAAUUGGGGCGUUCGACGUCAUCAGUUGUUUGAGGGAGAGGAGGACAUGUUUAAUUGUGGUAGUGGCAUGGGUGGCGGUGGUGGCACUGGAUCCAUUAAAGGUGGCCAUUCAUCGGCCUUAGAGGACAGCUUCAGCGAUAAAACACCAAUUUUAAGUAAACGUAGACGUCAAACAGCUGAUGAUUCUUCCGACGAAGAAGCUGAAUCGGAAUCACCCAUUGACGAAGAUCAUCGUCAGUCCUAUAAAUCCACCUUUAAUGUGGGACCACCAACUUCUUUGAGUUUACGGGAGAGACGUCGCAGAAAUUCGGUGUCUCGCAGUGAUACCAGUGGCUCGAGUGCUGGUGAUUUAGGAGAUAUAACACCCUGCAAUGCCUCACCUCAUUUGCCGGGCAUCAUACGUUUUGGGGCGGCCGUACGCGAUGAGGCCGAAGAAAACUGGCGCAAACAAUUGCAGGCCAUGUUGAUAAAUCAGCCUUCGGCUCAUACCUCGGAGCUGUUGAUGCAACUGUAUCGUCUUAUCAAAGAGUUGACAUUUAAAACGAUUAGUAUUUCAAAGGAAGCGAAAAAAUACUUUACCGGCAUUGGUUCACAAUUGGGCAAUCGCAUUUCCUUAUUUACCGAUUUGCUAAGUUCAAGAGCUGAUCCGCCACGUGUUUGGUGUAGUGAAAAUCAGACUACAACGCCCAGACUAUUCGAGACGUUGCGUUUUAAUGUACUCGAAAUUCAAGAGCAUCUGGAAACAUUCUUUGAUCGUAAAGAUCAAGUCUUGGAGUGUCUGGACUCGGUUAAAACAUCUUGUAAAUUGUCAUUGUUUAAUGAAAAUGAUGUAGCAGCUUCUGGCAUGGAUUUAGCCACAACCUCCACCAUUCCAUACAUGCCAUUUGAUCCGGCCUCCACGGAAGUUGUAUUGGACUUAGGAAGGGCCUUGUAUAAACUCAUGUUCCAGCUUUUGCUGCUGAUUGAAUCGAAUCAUAAAAUCAGCUCGAAUGUUGUGAAUCAUUUUAGACAAAAUGAAAAUAUGCAUGACAUAUCGGAUUUAUACGCUUUAGUACGUGAUGCCUUAGUGCGCAGCAUAAGUGAGACUGAAUUGGAGACACUCGAUACAUCGACCUCAACUGAAGGCGAACAUACACCCACUCCAUCGCCUGGCAUACCCAUGUCGAAUGAGGAAUUCGAAACAGCAUUACACGAACUAAUUGAUGCUCAAAAAUGGUCAACGGCCAUAACACAUGUGCGUCAAUACAAACGCAUCACACAAAUGACCAGUUCAAAUUUAAAUCUAACCAUAUUUUCGUAUACAAACCUGGAUAGUCGCUUGAAAUAUGAUGAAAUGUCCAUUAUAUUGAAUGCAUAUGCACAAAGUAUUAUGAAAGAUAGACAAGAAGCAUUUAUUGUAUCCAAAUCGGAUUCGGAAUUAUUUGAGGUUUAUGCCAUCUUAUCAGAAAAUCUAUAUCAUGUUUCAAGUGCUUUGACCACCAUGGAAAUAAAUAUGAAAAGCUACAGCCAGAACCAUGGUUCGAGUUCAUCUCAUGUUUUUCGCGGCGAAUCUAGUGAUAUAGUGACAAAUCUCUGAGAUGCUGCAACGUUAAACUAAAACAGAAUUCUUCACAUAUUUUACUCAUUUUAAUUAUGUUUUUGUUAUGAACAAAAUUUUCAUAUACAUAUAUAUAACAAUAUCCUCCAUUAAUUCAUUAAAAAACCAAACAAACAAAAAAAAAAAAUUCCCGAACAAAAUUAUGUUAAAUUAGUUUUAUUUUAAUUGUUUGUGUUAAAUCUAUUAUUGAAAUUAAUUAAAUGCGUAUUUAGUUUUAUUUUGUGUUAUUCGAAGUUAUUAUUACCUUAACGGAAUUUUAGUUUAUGUUUUCGAUUAAAUAAUUUCAUGAAAAUAAAUGGAAGUAAAGAUUUUUAAAUUUUAAGAUUUCAUAUAUUCGUUAUAAUUAUAAACAAAUACAAUUCAGCUAAAUACAUGUAUUUAUUACAAAAAAUAAAAGAACUUUAAAUAAAAGAAUACAAUUCAUACAUAA